CAGGGAGGGGGCUCUCAGAAGGUUCCGGACUCGACGUUGACAGCUUGUCUUGUAAGGAACUAGCACAGCGGCAUCAUGAGGGAGAUCGUGCACCUGCAGGCAGGCCAGUGCGGCAACCAGAUCGGGGCCAAGUUUUGGGAAGUGAUCAGUGACGAGCACGGCAUUGACCCCACAGGAACCUACCAUGGAGACAGCGACCUGCAGCUGGAAAGAAUUAACGUCUAUUACAAUGAAGCCUCAGGUGGAAAGUAUGUACCCAGAGCUGUCCUUGUGGACUUGGAGCCUGGCACCAUGGACUCCGUCCGUUCUGGACCAUUCGGACAGAUCUUCAGGCCAGACAACUUUGUUUUUGGUCAAAGUGGCGCUGGCAACAACUGGGCCAAGGGACACUACACAGAGGGAGCGGAGUUGGUGGACUCUGUGAUGGACGUAGUGAGGAAGGAAGCUGAAAGCUGUGACUGUUUGCAGGGUUUUCAGCUUACUCAUUCCCUGGGUGGUGGAACUGGAUCUGGCAUGGGAACCCUCCUCAUCAGCAAGAUCAGAGAAGAAUACCCAGACCGAAUCAUGAACACCUUCAGCGUUGUACCCUCCCCCAAAGUAUCUGACACAGUGGUAGAACCUUACAAUGCCACACUUUCUGUCCACCAACUUGUAGAAAACACAGAUGAGACCUACUGCAUAGACAAUGAAGCUCUGUAUGAUAUCUGCUUCCGUACACUCAAGUUGACCACCCCUACAUAUGGCGAUCUUAACCACUUGGUCAGUGCAACCAUGAGCGGUGUCACCACCUGUCUGCGCUUCCCAGGUCAGCUCAAUGCCGAUCUCCGAAAACUAGCUGUCAACAUGGUCCCCUUCCCACGUCUUCACUUCUUCAUGCCAGGAUUUGCUCCCUUAACUAGCCGAGGAAGCCAGCAAUAUCGUUCCCUCACAGUACCAGAGCUCACCCAGCAAAUGUUCGACUCCAAAAACAUGAUGGCUGCCUGUGACCCAAGACACGGACGUUAUUUAACAGUGGCAGCUGUCUUUAGAGGACGCAUGUCCAUGAAGGAGGUGGACGAGCAGAUGCUGAAUGUCCAAAACAAAAACAGCAGCUACUUUGUAGAAUGGAUCCCCAACAAUGUGAAGACCGCAGUCUGUGACAUCCCGCCACGUGGUCUGAAAAUGGCCGCCACCUUCAUCGGCAACAGCACAGCCAUCCAAGAGCUAUUCAAACGCAUCUCUGAGCAGUUCACUGCCAUGUUCCGUCGCAAAGCCUUCUUGCACUGGUACACCGGAGAAGGCAUGGAUGAGAUGGAGUUCACAGAAGCUGAGAGCAACAUGAAUGAUUUGGUCUCGGAGUACCAGCAGUACCAGGAUGCCACAGCAGAAGAGGGAGAGUUCGAAGAGGAGGCUGAAGAAGAAGUCGCAUAAAUUUACUCGCUGACCUACACACAAAUGAAGAAUUUUACCCCUUCAUCCUACCAUAAAAGUCCUCUCGCCAAACAGCAGGCCCCCCUUCCCCGCUGUGAGAAUUGGCAGAACCUCUGAAUCGGUGAGUCAUGAAGAAUAUGGAGCUGAACUUUUUACCCUCAUGGUUGAAUCCACAUCUAAAGCCUCAUAGGAAGAAGCGCUAAUUUCAAAGUCAAUCGGCACUAGACACUGUUCAUAGGAUUCAGAAAAUGUUCCUGGUGAUCGUUUGUUUUCAUUGUGGUUGCACUUGUUCCGAAUGAUAGACCAGGCCAUUGUGACUCUCGUAUUGUGACAAAAGGGGUCUCAUCCUACUUGAGCAGAGGAGACUUGUCUUCUGUAAAGGGUUUGUGUUCGAUGUAAAUUGUGUUAGUGCUAGGAAUGCCACCUAACGCCGAUGGAGUUCUCAAUGGUGAUUGGCCCGUCCUCUGCAUAGACUGUCCCUGGUAAUUUGGGUGGAAUUGACUUGUGUUGAUAGAACGUCUUGCUAGUUUACUUCUUGAUGGCGUAAAUUGUAGUUUCAGUAUUGGGGGGGCCUACUGAAAUGGAAUAAAACAAAGCUGUGUAUGCCAACGGCCAGUUUUGUUCAAUUGUAAGUUCACUGCCUUUUAUAUUUCAUAAUUUUUUAAAUUGCCAAGCGUUCGUUUUUAACAUGUCCCAUCCUGAGGCUCAGUUGCCUGCUGUUCUCACUGCCGGCAGCUUUUGACAUUCUCGGUUCACAAGUGCUGGCCGAGCCAGUAGAUUCAGGGCGGUAAGUGUUUACAGUGCCCUUCUUGUGUUAAUUACUGUGCCAACAUUAGUAUUGGAUGUCACUGCCCCGUUCUUGUGCAUGACGAGCCUUCGUUGCCCUCAGAUCUGGUCCCCUUGAGCUCCUCCUACUUUUUGUGUUUUUUAUUUUAAACACUGGCGCUUAAUUUUCCCACCACUAUUGGUGGGUAGUAAGUGCUUACUAUUUGGUGCACUCACUGUAAACUGGCGAGGAAGGUAACAUGCUGUCUCUUGAAGGAUCCAUUCCUAGAGGUUCAAGAGUCCUCCAGACUCUUUUUAAUGCAUAUACAACGUGUCUCCUGCUGAAUUUAUUUUUUAUUUUUGUCUGUAUGGUUUAAGUGAAUACAUAAAUGUGAUGUUGUGAAUCCGUUGCCCAGUUCAUUGGACCUAUUGCACAUGAUGAAAGCACUUACCCCCCUGGCAAAUUUGUCAUAUCUGCACACUACACUACUGAAUAAAGGCCCUGUGCGAAAAC